AUGCGUGCAUCGACAACCUAUACGAGCCUCCUCUGGUUCAUAUCCGGGACCACGGCCGCCAUACUUCCAGAAUACCUCUUACCUCCUAUCAUUGGCGACCUCAUGAACGAUGACAAGUCACAACCAGGAGCUCCACAGACCCCAGAGCUGCUCCAAGGAUCACCGUAUUGCGUCCAAGCUUACGAAAUCAACGCAGGAGACACCUGCUUCAGCAUCGCCAAGCAGCACGGCCUCGCCACUGAGCAGGUCACGAUCUGGUCGCCCGUGGUUCGCGACAACGGUUGCGACUCCCUCCCCGUCGGCGGCCGCGUCUGUGUGGCCGUGGCCAACGAGCCCGAGGCUCUCAGGUGGACCCCUGAGAAGCAGGCCUCGGCGAACGAGGCGGCCCGAAAGCAGAUGGAGGAGGAGGAGAAGAAGAAAAAGGAGGAGGAGGAGGCCAAGAAAAAGCAGGAAGAGGAGGAGCGUAAGAAAAAGGAAGAAGAGGACAGGAAGAAGAAGGAAGAAGACGAAAAGAAGAACAAGGCCGAGGAGCUUGAGAAGAAAAAGAUACCCAUGUGGCGAGAUGGCACGGUCAAGUGGCCCGACACAAAGGACGGCAAGUAUCCGUAUGUCUUUUAUGGCCGCGGCUCAGUGGCCUGGAGCAACAAGUGGGGUUAUACCAAGUACUUCAUGGAUCAGCCUAACCAGUAUAAGCAGGUGUAUAUCACCGACUACUGUGAUGAUCGUUGUACGUUCUGGACUUUGGAAGAGAUCAAGGAGCCGAUGGGCGAAAGGUUCACUCCAGGAAAGUGGCGUGAGAGAGCCAUGGGCGCGCCGUAG